AUGGUUAGGAUCUUAUGUCUGGGUCAGGCAUAUGUACUAAAAGAGCGAACCUCAAUGACGGCUUGGUGAAUAGCGUCGGCGACAUAGAGCUCAUCCGGUGACACUCCAUGCAAAUCACAUGUUCCUCCCUUGAACAGAUCUGUGAUACCCAGUGACUGCAGCAUACUCUUCAGGUUGGGUGACGAAGACAAUUUGAAUUUUGGGAUGGUCACAUCUACUCCCCCGCUGCUUGCUUGCCCAAGGAGUUCACGGAUUUUCUCGCCAGUGAUUGAUUCCCGAAAUUGGGCGAACGGAACAUCUUGGGAAGGCAGAAAGAUGACGAACUCGUAAUUCUUAUCCUUAUAUUCCAAGGCAAGCACUUGGACGCCAUCACUCUGGCCAUAACGACAAGUCUUCACAUUGUUCAUAUUCAUGAAAGAUUCCUCUCGAUCACCCUUGAUUCCGUGA